AUGAAGUGCGCAGUGAGGAGGGAGGAGACGCAGUGCGGGGGGUUGGAGACGCAGUGCGGGGGGGGAGACGCAGUGCGGGGGGUGGAGAAGCAGUGCGGGGGAGGAGACACAGUGUGGGGGGGAGGAGACGCAGUACGGGGGGUUGGAGAUGCAGUGCGGGGAGGAGGAGACGCAGUGCGGGGGGAGGAGACUCGGUGUGGGGGGGAGGAGACGCAGUGCGGGGGUGGAGAUGCAGUGCGGGGGGUUGGAGACGCAGUGCGGGGGGAGGAGACGCAGUGCAGGGGUUUGUCAGUGCGAGGUCCUGCAAUGCCACUACGUGUCCAGCUGGGGGCGUCUGUGACGUUGCCCUGCACUGUGGAUACCCCAAUACCUCUGCAUGAGCUGGAGGUGCAGUGGAUGAGGGAAGAUUCUGGAAGCCUGGUGCAUCUGUCCCUGGGAGGAGAGAGUCGGCCAGAAUCACAGAGCCCAGCGUACAGUGGCAGGGCCGAGUUUUUCACUGAAGAAAUCUCCAAAGGAAACUUCUCUCUGCUGCUUAUGAAUGUAACCACCGAAGACAAAGGGAUGUACAAGUGUGUAGUUCACACUGAACACGAGUCUAGUGAAACAAAUGUGACAAUAGAUACUGAACGGCUGGUGGUGACUGGUGCAGACGUGCCCGUAUUUGCAUAUGCUGGUGAAGAUGUGAUUCUGAACUGCUCAGUGGACACCCAUGUUCCUCUCAGAGAGUUAGAAGUCGAGUGGAUGAAGACAAAUGAAGAAAUCCAGGUGCUGCUGUUUAUGGAGGGGCGGUACAGACCGGAGUCACAGCCUGAGAGAUUCAGAGGGCGUGCUGAGUUCUUCAGUGAGGAGAUUCCCAAAGGCAACUUCUCAAUGAAACUGAGGGAUGUAAAACCUGAAGAUGGAGGGGAAUUCAUGUGCAGAGUCCAUACAUGUGCAGAGUCCAUAAGCCUCUAUACAUACUCAGCCAAUGCAACGACAUUGCUCGAAAUAAGUCGGUUUUCUACCUUGCAAUGGAUUUUAUUGAUUACUCUCCCAAUUAUUGGACUUAUUAUUAUUAUGUGCAUUGCAAAGUUAUGCUGCAAGGGUAAGUGCUCUUUACUUUUCCAUUCCAUUUAAAAUCAUCUAAUAAUAAAAUGCAGAUAGAAAUACAGCCGCAAGCAGCAAUGUCAGGGUCCAAGCACCAUGGGUGAGCCAAAGCACAUUGGCAGGUACUUUGUCAUGAACUGAAAACUUAGUUAACAGGGCGUUGCUGCAAAAGAGCAUGUGUGCUCAGUCAACUUACCCCGUAUAAGUAAAUCUUCAUAAAAUAAGUACUGCUUGUUGGGUUUUACCUUUUUGGUUUUUGUCACAAUACAGGCAUACAGUCUGAAAAAGACAGAAAGUCUCCAUUUAGCCCCCAAAACGUGUUGAGAACGAUUGAGGACGUAUUGGACAUUGCCGGAGAUUUGGAUCCAUGAUGACCUUUUGGCAUUCUGCUCACCUGAUGGCCUGUGGCCUUUGACGCACAGUACUUGCGUCCCAGGCUCAAGGACAUGUGGCCCAUCAUAUCAGAAGAAAGCCAGAAGAGACACUUCAUCUUGAAUCCUGAC